UUCAGGAACUCUGUGUAAAUAACACUUUCUGACAUAUGCUCGUAUAUAAAUUCCAUAGUAGUCCAUGAGAUUUCCAGCAAUUACCAAACACAUUAUUCUUUUCCUCCUGUGCAUUUCCUGCUGAAUAUUUUCAGAAAAAAUAAAGACCAAAAUGUUCAUGCUCAAUUUAAGAAAACUGAGUUUGAUCUCAAAAGCUCUAGCUUCGACAAGCUUCACCAGGGAAUUCUCUAAUCAUAGAGGAAGACUGGAAGGAAAAGUCGCUCUGAUCACUGGAGCGGCUAGUGGGAUAGGCAAGGCAGCAGCAAUAAGAUUUGCUGAAAACGGGGCCAAGGUUGUGAUUGCUGAUAUUCAACACGAACAAGGCCAAGCCCUGGCAAAGGAAUUAGGUUCAAGUGCUUCGUUUGUUUCUUGUGAUGUCACGAAAGAAUCUGAUAUCUCUGGUGCCGUUGAUUUCUCUGUUUCCAGAUAUGGUCAACUUGAUAUCAUGUAUAAUAAUGCAGGGAUUGCUUGCAGAUCGCCGCCUUCCAUUACAGACCUUGACCUUGAUGUCUUUGACCGUGUAAUGUCAAUCAAUGUGAGAGGUGCAUUAGCAGGAAUAAAGCAUGCAUCACGAGUGAUGAUUCCUCGUCAAAAGGGGUGCAUUUUGUGCACUGCAAGUGUUACUGGGAUGAUGGGUGGGAUGGCUCAACCAUCCUAUUCUAUUUCAAAAUCUGCAGUAAUAGGCAUGGUAAAGUCUGUGUCAGCAGAGUUGAGCAAGCAUGGGAUUCGGAUAAACUGCAUAUCGCCCUAUGCAAUUCCUACUCCUUUUGUUAUGGAUGAGUUGAGGAUGCGGUUUUCUGGGGUUGAAGAUGAAGUGAUAGUGAAAAUGGUGCAUGGUGCUGGUGAGCUAAAGGGAGCAAACUGUGAAGAAAUCGAUGUUGCCAAUGCAGCUUUGUACUUGGCAUCAGAUGAGGCAAAGUACGUAAACGCACAUAAUCUAGUCGUCGAUGGAGGUUGCACUUCCAUUAAAAACUUGCAUAUUCCAACACAAGAUGAAGUGUCAAAAGUUCAAUAACAAAAAACAAGGCCUUUUCCCUACAUCCAUCCACCUCCACUACCCUAAUAAUAUACGAAUUGUAAUUUAUUUUUAUUUUUUUUAAAAAGAGGGGCAUUCCGAGAAUCGAACUCGGGACCUCUCGCACCCAAAGCGAGAAUCAUACCACUAGACCAAAUGCCCAGUUGUGUUAAAUUACAGAUAAUAAAUAGUUUAUAAACCUUAAUAUUGUUUUAAUUUGUUUGUGCUUUAUUUCUUGACAAGGUAUUAAAAUGCAUCUAUGGAAGAGUAGCUUAUUUCGGUUUUAUAAGUUGUUUUUUUUAAGGUUUAUAUGUUGUUAUAUACUUAUGUUCACAUCUAAUGAUGUCAGUAAGUUGACAAUUUCAUGAACAAG